UAAAAUGGAGGACAAAGCGAAGACCAAACGAGUCCUCUCGCCUCUUGAUUCCGCAGACGGGAAGAACACAGAGGGAGGAGACGACGAAAGAGAGAGAUGGGUUCGAUUUCUAUUGCUUUCUCUGCGGUGCAGUCUUCGGAUUACUCCUAUUUUACUUCUCUCUAUACUUCAUGUUCCACAAGAAAGUCCUGCUUUUGGCCGGGAGAAACCGGAGGGGUUCGCCGGAGAUGGAAGGAAGAGUGGAGUGGUGGCCUUGGGGUGGUGGCGUCUGCGGCGGUCGAAGAGAGCAGUCCAGGGAUGUAUCACGAGGAACCGAACUGGAAGAUUCAGUUCCAGCAGGAUUUCGAGAGGCAUUUUGAUCUCCCUCACCUUGCUGACUUAUUUCCGGAUCUGACUCCGAUUCCUUCCACUUUUCGCCUCAAGAAAAGGAUUCCAAACUGCGAUGAUUCUGUGAAUGAUUAUUUGUCUGAGGUGCAGUACAAUGGCUACAUCAACAACGAUGACAGGGUUCUUCUUAAGGUCAUAAAAUAUUCUUCUCCUACAUCGGCUGGUGCUGAGUGCAUUAAUUCAGACUGUACAUGGGUAGAACAAUGGAUCCAUCGGGCAGGACCAAGAAAGGAAAUAUUUUUCAAACCAGGAGAUGUGAAUGCCGCAAUCGUGACAUGUGGAGGACUCUGUCCUGGGCUGAAUGAUGUCAUUCGACAGAUAGUUAUAACACUUGAAAUGUACGGCGUGAAAAAGAUAAUUGGGAUACCUCAUGGUUACCGAGGUUUUUCCACCGAAGAACCUGAAAUACCGCUUUCGAGGAAGGUGGUUCAAACCAUUCACUUGAGCGGUGGAAGCAUACUAGGAGUUUCACGAGGUGGUCCUAACAUCGAGGAAAUUGUCGACAGUAUACAGGAGAGAGGUAUAAACAUGCUCUUUGUAUUGGGUGGGGAGGGGACGCAUGCUGGUGCUAAUGCAAUACACAAGGAGUGCAAUAAGAGGCGGAUUAAAGUAGCUGUUGUUGGCGUCCCUAAAACCAUUGACAAUGAUAUCCUAUAUAUGGACCGGACCUUUGGUUUUGACACUGCUGUUGAAGAGGCACAAAGAGCAAUAAAUUCUGCAUAUAUUGAGGCUCAUAGCGCAUAUCAUGGCAUUGGUAUUGUAAAACUGAUGGGAAGGAGCAGCGGAUUUAUAGCUAUGCAUGCAUCGUUAGCUAGUGGACAAGUUGAUGUUUGUUUGAUCCCAGAGGAUCCGUUUACUUUGCAUGGUCCAAAUGGUGUUCUGAGACAUCUAAGGUAUCUUAUUCAGACUAAAGGUUCGGCUGUGGUCUGCGUUGCUGAGGGUGCUGGCCAAGAUUUGCUUGAAAAGCCAACUGGAAAAGAAGUAUCUGGCAACAAAAUUCUCAGUGACAUUGGAAUACAUGUCGUUCAAGAGACAAGAAAAUAUUUCAAAGAAAUUGGUGUGCCGGUCGACGUUAAGUAUAUUGAUCCCACAUAUAUGAUUCGUGCCGUCCGAGCUAAUGCUGCUGAUGGCAUCCUAUGCACUGUUCUUGGACAAAAUGCUGUUCAUGGUGCAUUUGCUGGGUUUAGUGGCAUUACAGUUGGUGUCGUCAAUACACAUUAUGCCUAUUUUCCAAUACCUGAAGUAAUUUCGCAUCCAAGACUUGUCGACACAAACAGUCGAAUGUGGCAUCGAUGCCUGACAUCAACGGGGCAGCCGGAUUUUGUCUGAUCAAGCCCAAGCUACGAAAUAUUUGAAGCUAUCAGUUCAUACAAUCUUAGGUUCUAUUAUCAUAUAACAGAUGCAAAAGGAAUUAUACAAAAUAAUCAACAUGAAGGAAUAAAUCAAGGAAAGCUGACAGGUCCCCUCAUUUCAAUUCCAAGGUUUCUUUUUUAAUAAUUAUGUUUUCUCACUUCUUUGCAUAAUUGUGGGGCAAAGGACUGUUGUGUAAACUGGUUUGUGUAAAAGAAAUUAGAUGCCAUGAGUAAAUUGUACUGGGCAUUAAGUCCAUUGCUGUACCUCAGUAGAGUAUUAAAAGGUAAACAGCAUUUACACACAGAAUCUUGCUUUUUUUAGAAAUAUUGAACUCACAUGUCUCAGUAAAUGCUUGGGAGGGAUGCAGUCAUUUGCUUAUUUUUU